AUGAAGUACGGAGAGACGCUCCGCCAGCGCUCAAUCCCCGCCUGGAGCCAUCGUAUGUACUUCCCACUCCCCACGCCAACUCUCCCGAAUCCCCUCCUACAUCAACCUCAUCUUGCCAUGCGCCACUCAUUCCUAACCAUUCGGCGUCAGAUAACAUCGAUUACGACGACGUCAAGAACUUCAUCAAGGAAAACACAACCCCCGGCCAUGGAAAGACCAUCUCCGUUCCCGGUCGAACCGACGACAAGCUCCUCGCCUUCGAGAAGGAGCUCUUCCACAUCCUCGCCGAGCAACAUUCGCGCAUCGGCCUCUUCGUGAAGAGUAAAGUGUCGGAGAUCCAGCACAGACUCGGUGAGUAGUCCAAUCUCAACACUCUCCUCUCUACUUCACCGCCAGAUCCCGCGAGACCGAAUCUGACAGGCAUGUGCCGAGACAUCCUCGACACCUGCAACAUGGGGCUCGCGCAAUUGUUGAGCGAGCCGGACCCUGUUAUUGCAUCAUCCUGGACACUCUGCGCAGUCAAUAAUCAUCAACGUCAACCACCUUUCUGACUGUCGUGCAGAUGAUUCCAAUAGGCGCCUACGGCAGCUCGCCGCUCGCAGGACUGACGCUGCCGAUGGACGAAUCCCAGUUCGCAGGUUGGAACGCUACGGCUUACUGGAAACCGGCGUGGUGAAGGUGGGUGACGAGAUAAAGUCGCUCGCUCGCUUCAUCGCCACUCAACGGACUGCGUUCCGGAAAUUGCUGAAAAAAUACCAGAAAUGGACCAAGUCGGGGACCCUGGAGGCCCGCUUUCGCGACGAGGUACUGGAAGACCCCAAGAGCUUCACCAGGUUAGAUCUCGGUUUCAUGUUAGACGACUAUUCCGCCACGCGACAAAGCAUCAGGACUCUGUAUGAAGACUACGUGAGGCAAUCGACCGAAGCGCAACGUACGCCGGCCUCGUUGGCUCCCAAAUCCGGCUCUUCCACAAUACGGCAGUUACAAGAUGCGGUGGACACAGCGUCCAAGGUUUCUUUCGAUACCAGCAUUGCGACUGUUCCUCUAGGCCCCAAUGGCACCCUCGCCAGCUACUUUGUUCACAAGGAGAACGUUGUUGAAUUGCAGGUCCUCCUGUUGCAGUAUACGCGAUAUCAUUCAUCUCGGAGCAGGUCCAAUUCUAUCGCUACGCCUGUCUCGUCUGAACCCCACACAAGACCAUUCAGCAGCAAGGGGACCGACUUCGCAGACUUCCAUCUCCUUGCGGCCGAUACCUUGUCUCGCUUUGCGCAGGAGCAGAGCGCCUUGACCGUCAACGAACGCGAGCAUCUCCCUGGUAGCUGCCCACAACGCGCUAAAGCAUCGGUAAGAUGGAAUAAUGAUGAGGAUGCGCUGGCCUGUCUGCGCUCAAGAUCCAGCGAUACGAAGACGGCGUUCCUGAAACGGAAGUACGUCAACGACUUCUUCGAUACGUGCGUCGAAUUCACCCCCAAACAGGAAGUCAGCUUUUCCGACAGCGUAGAGAGAGUGGAUGACCUGCGAAGGGAGCUGCUCAGAGAUGAAGUGAAACCUCUCUUCCAUUAUUCGAGCUGCAGAUCGCGAUUGAUAGGACUAGAUGAUGGCGCAGAGGGAAUGGUGCUGGCCACUCUGGACACGGGCGUCACGAUUGGGAAAGCCGACAAGGCCAGCGAGCCGAAGUCAAAGGUAGAAUUUCCAUUUGCUUUACUGUCGGUGCGGCAGGAAGGUUCUCCCAAGUCAGAUCUCGUUUCUGUACUCGAUGACAGCUACCUGGUAAGUCGGACGACUUUGAAUUGUUCCAGACUCAGUACUCACAAAGCUACAGGUCGAAAGAGUCCGCGGCUUUUCCAUUGAGUAUCAUUCAGUGUGGCAGAACCACCGGCCAGAGAACAUCCCGCCUCCAUAUUGGCUUCCUAUCCUCGAUCGCGACAUACGCAAACUGCCGCCCCCUGCAAUGAAGCGCAAGAGCACAGCUGAAGGCAGCGGAUCCGGCACACUCUCUACCGUAUCGCCGGCAUCGGUUGGAGACAGCACCACUGCGGCGGAGAACUACAACGAUCCACCAAUGGACCUCCAGCAGCCUCCACUACGCUCUUUCCGAAAGAAGAAGCGAAGACACUAUCCAGAAGCACAAUCAAAGUCGGCUCCACAGCAGCGGUAUUGGAGUGAGUACGACCACCCCGAGGACGAUGAAGGCGAGGCAUUCUACAUUCUCAUGGAUCCGAACGACAAGAAUGCCGUCGAUCGCUUGUUCGACCGGGUCGGUGCUCUGUUCCGCCGCAAGAACGCCGAGGAAGAAGCUCUGCUCCCGUCACCAGACUCACCGCACGAUGACGAAAGCUCUUCGGACGAAGAAGCCGGCACGCAUCGGAUCAAGCACAGUCGAGGCUUCGGCACCUUCCCUCGCCCAUCCAACGCCACCGGCGCCCAGAAGAGGAGUCUCGACCACCGCUCCUCCCUCACCCCCUUCGCCGGAACCUGCUUCGUUGCAUCCCUCGCCAUCCUCUUGUUAGCCUUCAUCCUCCACACGACAGCUCGACACAAAUACAUCCGCCAAGUCCACUGGGGCAUCCUCUUCGCCAUCAUCUGCAGUCUGGCUUUCGUCCUCGUCGGUUUCCUGUCCGUCCUUCGCGGCGGAAAGCAUCGAGAUCGACAUCCCACCCUGCCCGGCUGGGCCAUCAGCGUGACCGUCUUGCUUCUCGAUGCUGUCGGAGCUGGAGGGCUCUUGGCGUCCAUGUUCGGAUGA